AUGAAUCCAAAUUUCGACAGUUCCGAUGGCGAAAACAGUGACGGCUUUGUUGUAACGGGCGCGCCAGACAAAUACACCUCCGAAAACACCCCACUCACUGCCGAGAAGCUUACUGAAGUGCGGGAGUGGCUGGAGCCAACGGCGUACGACAUUUCGAGUGGUGAAUACCAAAAGCAUGCGUCCUUGUACCUUUUGGGGACCGGCAACUGGCUCACUGCAUCUCCCGAGUACCAGCAGUGGCUGACGAGCCGAGACUAUGGCCUCCUCUGGAUCAAGGGCAUACCUGGGUCGGGUAAAUCAGUCAUGGCAGCCAAAAUAAUUGCCGAAUUGUCCGCAUCUGAGCCAAAAUGCCCAGUCCUAUACUUUUUCUUCCGGCAAAUCAUCGAUGCCAACCAUAAACCCGCGGCGCUGCUGCGCGACUGGAUGGAUCAGCUCUUGGUGCACAGUCCGAUUUUGCAGCGCCAGCUGUACUCCUAUAUCCAAGAGGGCCGGUCAUUGAAAAGUGUAUCGCAGGAUGACAUGUGGAAAGACUUGAAAAUGGCUUUUGCCUCGCUCUCCGAGAGGGUGUACUGCAUUGCUGACGCUCUCGACGAAAUGGACCAAGGCAACGAUGCGUUCCUCAAAGCACUAGCAAACCUCGGGCUCUGGAAGCCUGCUAAAGCCAAGGUUCUUAUUACAAGCCGCCCCGUUUCGAGCGUUGAGAUUCCCCUGCGUUCGAUCACUUGCCUCAAGAUUCGACUGCAAGAGGAUGAGGUCGAUAACGACAUCUCUCGCUUCGUCAAGCACACCUUGGAAACUUCGCAUAUAGAACAAAGACAUUGGCCUGCAAUCGUCAAUGCGGUUCCAGGCAGGGCAAAGGGACUCUUUCUAUACUCCCGACUGGCGAUGGAUACUUUUCUCGAACCUGAUGUUGACGUUCAAACUGCUCUGGCACAUCUUCCCACCGACUUAAAUGUCCUCUACACGAAUCUUCUCCGAGAGCACAUUGAUCGCUCCGGUGUAGACGAUGAGACACAGAGGUUGAUCCUUCAAGCAGUGACACAUGCGACGCGACCGCUGCGUCUCCUUGAAAUCGCCGAAAUGAUCAGUGUGGUUAAUGUAGACAAAGAUUUGAAAGCACGAAAAGAGCUCGUCAAGGCAGCCUGCGGUCCUCUUUUGGAGAUACUCGCUGACGAAACAGUCGCCGUUAUACACCACUCCUUUACCGAGUACUUGAAAGGCAUUACAAGGGCAAAAGGCGACCCCGGCUACCCUGCCUUGGAUUCCGGUGCUGCCCACGAGCAGCUGGCCUUGACCAGUCUCCGCUACCUCCAAAGUGGAAGUUUGAGCAGUUUUCCUCCUGCCCUCCUGGACCACAAAUCACGACAACGUCUUUCUGAUACAAAGAUAGCGCUUUGGCAGGAAUACCCGUUCCUCAAGUAUGCGACUGGUAAUUGGUUCAAACAUGUCAUCUCAGCGUGCUCUGUGUCAUCGAAUGACACGAAGCUUCUCCCUGAGAUUCGUCAUUUUCUGGAGAACGAUCAUUUCCGAUCAUCUUGGUGUCGUCUACAGUUCAAGAGGAUGGCGUGUGAUGCUCCCAAAGUCCACAUCGCCGCGAAAUCAGGGCUCACGGGAUACCUCAAGGAACUCAUUUAUUGCGGUGCGGACGUAGAUUCCCUAGAUUACCAAGGAAAAACUCCUCUCUGGUGGGCUGCUAGCGACGGUCACGCCGACGCCGUCCAAGCAUUGAUCGCAGCAGGGAUCAAGCUAGAUCGGGAGGACAAGACCAGUGGCCAAACACCUCUUCAUCCAGCAGCACAGAAAAAUCAUUUCAUGGUCGUUGAGCUUCUGCUGCAGGCUGGCGUGAGCCCCACGAUCCGAAAGGGACUCGGCACCUCGCAUCAAUACAGUUGUCAUUGCGAGCCCAGCUAUGGCGAAAGUCCUCUUCGAUAUGCCUGCGAAAGGGGGCAUUGGGAGACACUCAAUGUUAUGUUGAAACAUGUCACGAACGUUGACGAUGUGCAUUGGGCGCUGGCAUGGGCCGCCUGUUGCGGACAGUCUCGGCUGGUUUCUAGGAUACUCCAGCAUCCCGGAGUGGACGUCAACGCCAUAAUCCACGGGGAUACUUUUCUUUACUUAGCCUGCAGCAGUCUCGACAUUGACACCAUCAACAUUUUGUUACACGCCAAUGCGGAUGCGGCGGCCCUGAGUAUCGGCGACCGGCAUCCGCUCAGUGUCGAUAUUGACUACACCCCCAAGCCAACAGGAUAUCCAACUCAGAGCUGUUUGAGUGCCAUGGUUCAAAAUCAUAAGUUGUGGCAAAUUGUCAAGAAUCCAAUCAUCUUCUCAGAGGUUGAAAAAUUGUUCGGUGAUUUGUUUGCUGCUGGACUCGAUGUGAAUCAGCGGGACGAUAUGAAUCAGACACUCCUGCACCGAGUUACCCAGUCCGCAACGUUUACCAAUUCAUUGAUCAAUGCAGGUGCUGAUGCUAGAGCUACUGAUAAGCACAAGUCUACACCGCUCCACUUCUGUACCGAGCCUGAGGCCAUGUCAGUUCUCGUCAAGAGAGGGGGCGCCGACGUUGAUGCGGUCAACAGGGACGGCCGCACCCCAUUGCAUCAAAGUGUGAGCUCGCAAGCCGCCAUCUCGAAGCUAUUGGAAUAUUGCAGCGAUCCUAACAUCUUGGAUAACGACGGAAAUAGCCCACUGCAUUUAUUGCUUGCUCGGAUAUCCCCGGACACCUACCUUGAGCAUGUCACUCUUCUACUACGAUUUGGAGCGGAUCCAAGUUUGAAGAACCACUGCGGGCUGACACCCUUUCGAAGCAUAAGCAAUCUGUCUACCGGCCGCAAGGCAGCUGAUUAUCUUAUUCAAGCUGGCGCGGAUAUCGACGCCACAGAUAACGAUGGAAGGACAGUACUGUUUGAUGUUGUCGGUCGACAGCAUCAAAUCAACCAGGAGCGUGUGUGGACACUUGAAUACCUGGUGGGCGCCGGAGCUUCCAAAGAAAGCAGAGAUUACCAAGGCCGCAAAAUCUCACAUGAGGCAAUCAAGGGAUUGAUGUCAAGUCACGACCUGGGUCUGAUAGUACAGUGGUUGGAUGCUCUGGAUAGUUUGGAUUUACUCGACCUGGAGGCAGUCGACAACGCUGGCAACAAUCUCUUGCAUGAGCUCUGUUCUCGUGUGCAAAAUACGCGCAAUAGACAUGCUGUCGACAUGCACCUCGUUCGAUUACUAACUGGUGCUGGAUUGGAUAUGUCGCAGAAAAACCACGCCGGACAAACACCACUUCACCUCCUGUGCACAAGACCUUGCGAGGCCGGAAGCUCUAGGUUUGUUUUCGACCAACCCAUAGUCUAUGCGAUUCACCAUUGCCAAAAUAUUGACGAACGUGACGCAAAUGGAAACACGGCACUUCACAUCGCAUCCGUCUAUGAGGAAUCUUGGUGCAAAUUGCUGUUGGAUGGUGGUGCAGAUCCAACAGUUCGCAACCACGAAGGGCUUACGCCACUUCAUUUAGCCGCUCGCUGCAAGCAAAGCAAUGCAAUUGGCUUGCUUCUGAUGGCUGUACACGACCGUCUCGGCAAUACGCCUUCUGAAGAGGCCGAUUGUAUAAACGCUACAGUGGUGAAGAACUGCAACAACAUAUAUGAGCCAUACAACAUCACAGCGUUGUUUUAUGCCUGCCAGUCUGGAAGGCCGGAAAGCGUGAAGCUUCUGCUAGAUGCUGGCGCUGACCCUAACAUUGGGAGCCUUUUUGUGGCAUGCGCAAUGAUGGAGCAGGAGAACCGACUAUGGACCUCGAAGGCCCAUGCCCCAGGUAGCGCUAUUGCCGCUUUGCGAACACUGGAUAUGACACGACCAAGGCCCAUGUUCGAGCACCAGUCAGAUGUGUCUCAUCCUUUUGCGUCAACAAGACUUGAGGAGAUUCUUGACAUGCUGGUUUCGUCUGGUAUCAGCUUGUCACUACUUCACAGUGACCCAACAAAGGGAUAUAUGAACCCAUUUUGGAAAGCUUCUGCCCUCAACAGCGACUACGCCUUCAAAUGUCUGAAUGCGAUCAAGAGAAAGCAUUGGGCAACAAUUGGAAACGUACCAGAGCAGGUCAUAAGCCACAAUGCGCUCAGCUUAUUUGACGAGAAAAUGAUGGCGUUCAGUGACAGUGCAUCCAACAAUGUGAUGCAACAGAGCGGCUGGCUCCAGCCCGGAGGUGUCAACUUUAACAUUUUCCAUGCCAUCAUCGUUCGUCGGCAAUAUCAUUUGAUAAAACAGAUGGUCGAAGCCGGUUGUCGCUUCCUCCUGCCAGGCAUACCGCAUUUAGAGUAUCUCAUUACUCAUGGCUUCGCAUGCUUGUUUGACUACAUUGUAAAGGCGGAAUUGCAAGUGCGAUUGGCCGAAGGAGAGUGGCACGCAUAUGAUGACGCUAGCAAGCCUGGCCUUCACUUUGAGCCCAAUUUGGAUCAGAAUGAGUCAGUCAGAAAUGGCCAAUUUGGGGAAGAGCUCCGAAACAAGAUGCUAGAAUAUGCUGUCCGGCGAGAGCUCCCAAAUAUGGACAUUGUUCGGCGUCUCGUGGACAACUACGCGGUGAACAUCAACGGCGGAGACAGAAAUAGGAACACGGCGUUGCACAUUAUCGCGCGCGGUAAUCACUGGUGGCAGAGUGCACAAGCUUUACCGUUUCUCUUGAAGUCUGGAGCAGAUAUUGAACAUGUGAAUUCGUCGGGCCAGACACCACUCCAUCUGACGUUGGACAAGGAAUAUUUCCAGCUAGGCAAGCUCGGAUCUUUCCACAAAGACGUCGCAGAGACAUUGAUCGAAGCAGGCGCCAAUGUAAACGCUAUUGAUUCCGAGGGGCGAAGCUGCUUGGACUGCGCAGGCUACAGCACCGAUCUGAUUGAUUUACUCAUCAGCAAGGGAGCAGCAAUACGCUCUGACUCUGUAUUUGCAGCACUCAAGGCGGACAAUAGCGCUGCGUUGGAGAGAUUACUGCAAGGAGGAGCAGAUGCAAAUGGUCGGAUGUUGUUUAUUGAAGAUCUUCCAGAUAGGGACAAUGCGGACGAAUCUUCGGGCGACAGCAGGAUGACCUUUGAUGCCGCAUUGAUUCCUCGUCAUGAAGUCGCCCCGAUCUACUAUAUUGCUUCGAAAACGGCUUUUCCUGAGGAUCCGGAUAUGAGAAGCUGUUUCAGGAAACUUUUGAAUUAUGGCGCGAAUAUCUACGCGAGGUUCCAGGUACAGCGAGGAGGGCACAAAUGCGGACCAACUUAUGGCGGGGACUACAACAAGCUGAUUGGAGUUGUUGAAGAGCUUGAAGGUGCGAUAGAGGAGCGAAGUGUUUUGCAUGAACUUGUUCGUUUGGGGAAAUUGAGCAAAUGUAUGAUUGAUGCCACGGACAUUGAUGCAGGUUGUCUGGAUCCGAAAGGGUGCAAUCUUUUGCAUGCGGUCUGCGAUAGCUGGGGUGGUCCGGACCACGCGAUUGAUGUGACCCAGGACGAUGACGACGACGAUGAUGAAGAAAAAGAAGAGGAGGAAAUUUCGGCAUUCCAACAGCUUCUUGCUCUUGGAUGCGAUAUUCAGACCCGUGACAGCAGCGGACAGAGUGUUGUGCACCACAUGAUCUAUCGGGGUUGGAAACAUACUCGAAGGCUGGCACGACUGGAAAAGUCGAUUGAAGAAGUCUCACGCGUUGCGCCCGACCUUCUCAGCGCUCCCAACGCGUCGGGAAACACGCCGCUGCAUUACAGCGUCCUGCUUGCCACAUCGACCCGGCGAACGGUACAGGCGGGCGAGAAGCAGUGGAAGGACCAAAUGGUCGACCUAACGCGGCUGCUACUACGCAGCGGCGCCAGCCCGGCCGGUGUCAAUCAGGACGGCAACAGCGUGCUGCAUCUCAUGGCGCACAAUUUAGACCGUGACGACGUGGCCGCGCUGUUUGCGGAGCUGGUGCGUGGGGAACACGGGCUGGACGUGAAUUCACGCAACGCGCGAGGCGAGACGCCGCUGAUGCUCCUCGCAAACCGAACCAAGGUGCUAUUGCGUUUGGGCGCUGGAUGCGGCAGCCUGUACCUGGACGACGAGGCGGCGGCGCAGAGCGUCGCAAUGCUUGCGGAGCUCGGCGCGGAUUUUGCGGUCACAGACGCGCAGGGUAACGGCCUGCUGCACCUGGCGGCCACGGACGAGGUGCAGCUCUUCAAGGCGUUCAUGGAUAGCGGCAAUUUGGAUCCGAUGUUGGAGAAUCGAGCGCAUCAGACGGCGAUUGAUGUGGCGGCUACGUAUGAUAACGAGGAGAUCUUGGCGUUGUUUCAGAAGAGUAUAAACGAGAGUCACCAGUGA